AUGGCAAACAAACGUCCUUUCGUCGAUGAAGAUUUUUGUUGUCCCGUUUGUCGCUGUAUUUAUGGCGACCCCGUGUUGCUUCCUUGCGGCCACAGCGGCUGUAAAGAGUGUAUCCAAAACUACUGGGCGAUUCGAGAGUCCAGAGACUGUCCAAUAUGCAGAAAAGCGUCUGCUACUGACCCACCACCAAACCUGGCUCUCAAAAACCUGUGCCAAUCUUUCUUGGUAUACAAGCGUGGUUUGGAGGAGCUGUGUGAAGUUCACCAGCAGAAAUUUAGUGUGUUUUGUUGUGACGAUGAAAAGCUCAUUUGCGAGUUUUGCAGAGAUUCAGAGGAGCACAGAAAUCACACGUGCCGUCCCAUCCGCGAGGUCGCUGAGGAAUACAGGGGAGUUUAUCGUAAUCAGCUUGAUCUUCUUAAGGCCAAACUGAAGGUUACAGACAGAUUUGACGGUUACUUCAAGGCUAAAAACAUAAAGAACACAGCCAACUUUAGAAAGAAUCUAAUCCGAAAUGAAUUCAAGCAACUUCACCAGCUUUUGGAUGGCGAGGAAAAUCGGUUGAUCGAAGAAUUAGAUCAAGAGAAAGAACUAAAACUACAGAUUAUGAAAGAGAAAAUCAGAAAGAUGAAUCAAGACAUAAUGUCUCUCUCCAACACUGUUAAAGAGCUGGAAGAGACUCUGGAGAGUGGGGACAUCACUUUGCUUCAGACACUCAAGGAGACUUCAAUGAGCCUCAAGUUCACACCCCAAGAUCCUGAGGUGGCUACAGGAGAGCUUAUAGAUUGUGCCAAAUACAUGGGCAACCUCAAGUUCAAUGUCUGGAAGAAAAUCGGAGAAUCAAUAAGCUACUUUCCUGUAGUGUUGGACCACAAUACAGCUAGCGGUUUACUUGAACUGUCUGAUGAUCUGACAGAGGUGUGGAACCCCAAUGAGUUCCUACCAGAGGGUGAAUAUCCAUUUUAUGCUCCUGUUCCUGCAAACCUGGAACGAUUCCAAAAUUGUGCCUGUGUGCUUGGGUCGGUGGGCUUCUCCACGGGCAUACACACCUGGGAUGUUGAGGUGAAAGGCAAUAAUGUUUGGGCAGUGGGUGUGGCCACAGAAUCUGUGCAGAGAAAUGGGAAUAAAUACUGCGAGCCUAGUGAUGUUUGGCGUAUUGGAUUUGAUAGAAAAAUGCUCAGUGUGAAGGAACCAUUGGGGUCAUGCAUCGAUUUGAGUGGAUAUGAGAGACCUAAGCAGGUGCGGGUGAAACUAGAUUUGAUUGAAGGACAGGUGUCGUUCUCAGACCCUCAGAGUGAUGCAGUCUAUCACACAUUUACACAGAAUUUCACAGAGAAGAUGUUUCCGUACUUCCACACUGAGGGCAAUUUUCCUCUCAGAAUUCUGCCUGCGGACCAAUCCUUUUAUUAAACAAGUACUUUAGUCACGGUUCUUGUGACCAUUUGCAGUUUUGUUAUUUUUACUUAAUUUUUUGAUCUGUAAUAGCUUUGGCACUUUAGAAAGUUUAAGGAAUAACAUGGUUCUUGGUUAUUUAAAAUGUGAGUACCACAUACAUCUAGAACAAGUUUUUGUUUUGAUAAACAAAAUCACAUUUGUUUAGUUACAUUCUUUUCCCUUUGCUAGGAAGAUGUGUGUGUAGUAUCUCACGUGUGCAAUGUUUUCAGUUCUGUUUUUUUUUGUUUGUUUACAAUACAAGUAUACAGGAUGGAAAUGUCAUGUUAAGUCUAUAUGUAUA